AUGUUUAAAUUCGAGAGUAUUAUAGAAUCCUUAGUUGAAAUGGUAAUUAUAUAUUUAAUCAAAAAAAGAAAAUGUAAAAGAGUAAAUCUGUCAAUAAUGAUAAGGAAUUGCAAAAAGAAGAACUAACAUAACAAAUUAUAUGUUUCAUUGAGAAAAUCAUUGAAAAUACUAUAUAUAUGUAUAUAAGACCAAUUGAAGAGUAAUUGAGAUCAUAAGAAACAUAAAUUCUUUAACUCUAAAGUCAAUUCAUGUCUUUGCAUCAUCCUUUCUCUCCAAAAAAUAAGGAGAUUGUAAAAAUAGAGAAAUUAGAAUCUCCAAUAAGAUCUAAUGAAAUUUAAAGUAUUAAUAUAUCUUAGUAUUAUUUGAGACAAAAUGAUAGAUUUAGAAACAAAAGUUCAAUCAAUUACAAAACAAUAGGAGACUUAUAAUGAUUAAUUAAUUGAAUUUAAAUAAGAAAAUAAGAGUAAUAAUUAUCUAUAUAUAUAAAUUAAGAAAGCUUUUAUUCAUAUUGGGUAUUAUUGAAUGAUUUAAAUGAAAAUGUGAAUAAAAUUAAAGAUUUUCUAUCAACAUUAGAUUUAGGUGAAUAAAAUUAAAGUCAAAAGAACAAUAAUAAUAAAUUAUCAAGAUCAAAUACAAAAAAAGAUUAUUGA